UGUUCCUGUAAAAAAUCACAGGCAUUCCUAGGAUUAGCUAACCCAGCCUAUUCUGAGACAGACCCCUCCUCCAGAGAUGCUGUCCCUGCUGCCCUCUCCCCAAGCUUCCCGUGCCCGCUGAGAGCUGGGGGCAAACACCCCUGGGGAGGGGGAACAGCUCUGUGGCUCCUUCACCCUGCCCCGAGCCCCUACCAAGGGGAAGGAGCCUUCCUGGGAGGGGAGAAGGGAGCCUGGCUGCAGGGGGGGAGUUACUGGAGCAGCAAUUUCAACACUGCUAGCAACCCUCCUCACCCCCGAGACCCCUCCGCAAGCCCAAAAUGUUGCUGAAGCAGCGAUGGGUGGUUGGCAGGAGGGGUCACACUGGAGCGAGACCCCCUGCAUUGGCAAAGGUCACACAGAUGCCGUCCCCAUCGCAGGGCUCCAGGGCUGAUCCCACACCAGGCACUUCUUGGGCUUCAGGGAGGCUUUUUUCUAUUUUUUUUUUUCCUGAUGAACUUCCCAAUCCUUCUUGUUUGAGCAAGGAAGGAGGAGGGCAUUGUUUGGCAGCUGCCCCAGCUCCCUCCUGGACGGGGCGAGCUGCCCCAGCACGGGCACCAGCUGCCUCCCGCCUGGGUGCUGCCCCCCCUGCGGCUGGGGGGGUGCUCGUAUUUGCUACGUGAUACCUCUGCUCCCUCUGCCACACAAGCAAAACACUGCAUAACCAUGGCGACUGUUUUCCUCAACCUCAUCAGCACGCCCUGCUAAUCUAGGCAAUUCACCAGCAGCCCUCGUAAUGAAUGAUUAAGCUGGGUGUAGUGAGCUCCGCAGAUCCUGGGUGUCCCUUCCGCUCUUCCUGGUGGAAGUGGAGCAGUCUUGUCAUCGGGAGGCUCCCAGGGCUCGCCACGUCAAGGAAAACCACCCCGACUUGGCAGCUGGCGUGCUCUUUUGGGGUCUCUGCUCAGACAGGGACCGGCUCGUAUGUCUCGGCUCCAAAUAACCGUGCCGGCACCAUCCAGGGCCCAGCCGCGGGGCUGGGAUGGAGGCGGUGGUGCUGGGUGUCCCCACGGAGCUCUGCACGGAGGGACCUUGCUCCACGCAGGGCACACAGGGCCCUGCUCCACGUGGCGGCCGCAGCCUGGCUGGGUGGGUUUGGGGAGCAGCAGCUGCUGCGUUGCCCGUGGGCGAUGGGCUGGCCGCGUGUAGGACCUUAUCUCACAGCCGGGCUGUGCCCAGAGCAGCCCUGCUUGGCCGCCCCUUCCAAACCCAGCCCCACGGGUGCCCCAGCUCCUGUCCCUGUCCCCAAACCCUGAGCUCGGCUCCUUUUCAGGUCUGGGAGCUCAGCAUUCACCCAGGCUCCAGGAGCCGCCUGGGCUGGGGGCGAUGGCAGGACGGGGUCCCCCAGUGCCGAGGAGCAUGUCCAUCUGCACCCAAACCCUGUGGCUUGUCCCCUCCAUCAACGGGGGAAUUCUGUUCCCAGGAGUGGAAGCUUUGCCGUUUCUCUUCUAGCUGUGCUUGUGGCCAGCUUAUUUCCCUGCCCUUGCUCGCCUCGUCCUAGCCCGACCAGCAGCGCUCCGUCCCCAGAGGUUCUGCGCAGCCAGCAAACCAGCCCUGCGCCGGGGCCGUGACGGCUCCCCCCAGGGAUCUCUGCUUGCUCCUGGAAAUUCCUGGUGCCUGUGGGCAGCUCUGGCUUCCUGGUGGCCACCAGCAUCCCAACGUCUCUCCUCCUUCGUUCCUCCCGGCCGAGCAGCCGGCAGCAGAGGCUCCGGGUUCUUUAACCGAGGGAAGGGGAAGGAGGAGAAAUGCGGUUUGGAGGUUAAUUCUGGCAGCAUCAGGCACAAGGAAGAUCAAAAACGCAGGGCAGGAGUACAAGAGAGGAGGGAAGCUGUUGCGUGCAUGCUCCUGGAACCCCCUGAGAGUCCUGGUUCAUGCAUGCUGCACGUUAUUUCUGUACCUACUUAAAUUAAAACCAGCCUUGUCUUGCGGACGCUGACUGGAGCCAGGCAGCUCUUCUCCCCCAGGGAGAAUCCAAUUUUUGCUCCACCGAGCUCAUGCUUUUGACCUGGAAUGACUCUUCCUUUUUUUAUUUAACCAACUCUCCCUCCCAGCCCUGCGCCGCACCGCGCUCCUCGUGCCCAUGGUGUCACGGCAAAUGGAAACAAGGAGGGGGCAGGCUGCUGACCACCCAUAAAACCAAUGCCUGGGGCAGAGGCAGCCUGGAUAGAAAGGACGGGGGACUCUGGCCUGAGCCCCUUUUGCACCCUCUGUGCCUCCAGGUUUGAGCCCAGGACUGCUGAGGAAGAGAAAUUCGCGGGUGCUGGCAACGGGGCAGCUGUCCGGGAAAUCUGUAGCAUUAGCGCACUGUCGGUUAAAGUUCAGAGAUGCUAUGUGCCUAAUUGGCAAUUAAAAGCACAACAGCAGCCUCCCGGGGUGCUCUGCCUGCUGCCGCACAGCUCCCAUUGCAGGACACGUCAUCGCUCCUCACCUUUCUCCUGACCAGCCUCCCGGUCCUGCAAAUUCAACCCUCCAGAGGCUCAGGGCGCACCGUAGGUGCUGGCUGGGAGGAGGCUAGAUGGCUUCGAAGCACUCUUCCCCUCCACAGCCCUCAAAAACCUCUCCCUGCUCUUUGCAGAGCAGUCACAGGGGUGACUCACGGCAGCUGCCCCGCGUGCCCGGCGCUGCCGGCAGCUGCGUUUUGCUCCUUGUCCCCUGCCCUUGGUGAGCCCCCGCUGCUCAGGGUGCCCCCGCUCGCGGUGAGCAGAGGCUCCCGUGGGGCCGUGCAACCCGAUGAGGGCAAAACCAGCACCAGCCCCAUCUGCGUGAGAGCGCUCAGCACCCUGCUCAGCAAUUAGUCACCGCUUGGCAGGCGUGCCGGAGCGGGUGAGCGCCGCGUCCGCCGCCCACAAGCUGCCCGGCAGCGAUGUGUCUCGCUCUUAAUCCUCUGACUCCAUCCUUAAUCGAUGUGAGAUAACCGGGCGGAUUAGUCAGCCUUUCAAGACUGGAAAGGAAAGGGCAAAUAUUGUAAGAGGUAUAGCCCACUGUUUGCAUGUGUUACGCACCAGAUCUGUGUGGGAUACGAAGGGGAGAGCCCUGAGCUGUAGGGUUAGCUCAUUUCUGUGAUGUUUGGUCGGCAGUUCUGGACAUCCCACCGGUUCUGCACUUGCCAGGGAUCACUGAGGCUGGAGGAGCAGGGAAUUUGCUCAGCUUUUGUCACUGAGCACCGUUGUGCUGUAUUUUGGCUGCCACGGUGAGGACAGAGGAGGCUGGAUGGGUUUUCUCACCCCGAGACAAAAGCAUGAGGUUCCCCCAGCACAUUUGGCGGCAGUGAGUUUUUGCAGAACAGGGAAUUAAAAAUAUUUUCAAUCUAAAACGAGGCCAGAGAGCAUUCAAAACAUGAUAGCAAACACUCCCAGAGCAGCUCCCUGACUGAGGAAGCCCCACACACAGCCCUGGGGGGCUCGGCUCGUGGCGUCCCAGCAAAGAAAACCACACCCACCCGCAGAGCAUCGCUUCGGCAGGCAGCGCCAUCCUGCCGGCCUGCUGUGAGCCUCCCCGGCGUGGCUGGGGGCUCGCUCCCUACCCUCACCUCUUUGGGUGGCUUCCGAGAGCCAGGACCCCUUGCCGGGGCUGUUGGGCUGAUGCUGCGUUUCGUUCCUCGCCAAGAAAACAAGCGCUGCGCCACUAAAGCAGAAGGCAUUUAGUUUUUAAGGCUGCUGAAUCCUGAAAAGCUGUUGCAAAUUAAACCUCCUUGCACUUGCCCAAAUGUGCCGUGACACCGCAAGCAGAGGGCUGGAAGGGAGUGGGAAAGCGAGACCAGCGUGGCUUGUUUUCCUCCGAGCGGGAUUCCAGAUUCUUCUACUGCUGGAGACGCUGGGCUGAGGGAGAGCCCCGAGGUCCCUGGGGGAGACGGGCACGUGGAAGCGCACCCCGAGCUCGGAGACGCGGAGAAGGAGGAGGAGGAGGAGGUUUCCCCUGGACUCAAAGCUGCCAAACCACAGCACCGAGCCAUGUCACAGGUCAUCCAAAACCACGUGCUGCGCGUUGGCCAGACCGUGCACAUCCCCUCGCGGGAGGACAGCAAGCGCCUGCAUGCGGCGGGGUACGCGGGCUGCUCCGCGCUGCCGACAUCGUACUGCUACUACUCGACGGGUGCCUGGGCCGACCCCAAGGUUGUGGGGUGCCCCAAGGGACGCCUGUUGCCAGGCGGGGGGCUGUAUGGAGCCCACCCUGUGCUGGAGCACUCAGCUGGUGCUCAGGGGCAGCAGGAGGCCUCCCUGGAGCAAGCCGGGGUCCCUCGCCAGCCGCAGCAGCAGCAGGGUGACGCCGGCACGGAGCCUGACACGCACCUCGGCUCUCCUACCUUGGAUAUUUCAAUAGAGAGCCUCAACAAGCUGAUCCUAGAGAUCGAUCCAACCUUCCAGCCGCUCACGUGCAAGCCGGUGAAGGACACGGCCCAGCCUGCUUCCCAAGGGGAUGUCACGGCCACCAAGAAGCACGACCCGGAGGUGAUAGACAUUAAGUACAUCGAGAUGACACCAGCCAGAGCCAAGUGUACCGAGGUGCUGCAGGGCUCCUCCAGCCCCUUCUCCAGGUCCCCCCAGAGCAACGGCUUCCUGCCCUCGAAAGGGGCACCCAGAGGCAACUACACGAACGGCAGCGUCAUUUUCUCCAGCCCAGCAGGGCCCGAGAGCCCCCGGUUGGCCCCCCCAGGCUGGGCUGGCUUCCAGAGCUGCGGCAAAGCCUCCGAGAGCAUCGCCGUGCCCCUGCACUGCACGGCCGGCCAGCAGGACAGCAUCUCCUAUGGCCCUGGCUCACUCGGCACCUCGCCGGGCUUUGACAACUUGCUGAAGCCCGUGCACGUGGUGAGGGCUCAGCAGAGGACCAGCGGGGUCUCGCAGCUCUCCAUGAGCCCCAGCUCGGACACCAGCUACGUCUUUGGGAGCAGCACCCACUCGCUCCACAACGACGACUCUGAUGCCGCCUGCCCGUCCCCUGCUGGCUCCAUGGGCAGCCCCCAGCCGUCGUCCCCGAGCAUCAGGUCCCCCUCUGGAGAACCUUUCACCCUGGCUUCCCACCAGCCCAGGGCAGCCUGCUUCACCAAAACCAACGCCUGCCUGUCCCAGAAGGGGCAGGCCAGCAGCUGCCCCCCCUCCAUCCUCACCUCAGCAGCCGACAUCCCGGUGCUGCUGGUGAACGGGUGCAGGGAACAAGGAGAUGAGUCCCCCCGGCUGACCGCAGCCUCCCCGGCCUCUACCAAGCAGAUCUCCCCUCCCAGCCUCAGCCCAGCCUCGGGGCUCGGCGGCCUGAACAAUGCGCUGUCGGCACCAGCGCUCUCCUGUGUCACCGACAGUCCCCUCGGGGCUGGCCAGCCGACCAUGAAGUUUGUGAUGGACACGUCGAAGUACUGGUUCAAGCCGAGCAUAAGCAGGGACCGAGCAAUCCAGCUGCUGAAGGACAAGGAGCCGGGCACGUUCGUUGUGCGGGACAGCACGUCGUACCGGGGCUCCUUCGGGCUGGCCAUGAAGGUUCCCGGCUCUCCAUCCAGCAGCCAGACAGGCGAGGACAGCAGCGAGCUCGUCCGGCAUUUCCUCAUCGAGUCGUCGGCCAAAGGGGUGCACUUGAAAGGAGCCAGCGAGGAGCUGUAUUUCGGGAGCCUCUCCGCCUUCGUGUACCAGCACGCCAUCACCCCGCUGGCGCUGCCCUGCAAGCUCUGCAUCCCCACUCGAGAUCUCGCUGAUGAAGACAGCCCUGACUGCGCCCCAGAGCCCACGCUGUCCCUGCUGAAGAAAUCUGCUGAGUGCAACGUCCUGUACCUCAGCUCGGUGAGCAUGGAGACGCUGGCAGGGGCGCCGGCCGUCCAGAAGGCUAUCUCCUCCACCUUCGAGCUGGAGACGCUGCCCACGCCAACCCUCGUCCACUUCAAAGUGACGGAGCAGGGCAUCACGCUGACGGACAUCCAGAGGAAGGUGUUUUUCAGGAGGCACUACCCCUUGGCCACUGUCAGGUUUUGCGGGAUGGAUCCUGAGAACAGAAAGUGGCAGAAGUACUGCAAGUCCUCCAGGAUCUUCGGGUUCGUGGCCAAAAACCAGACGGAUUUGGAGAACCUGUGCCACCUGUUUGCAGAGUACGACCCCGUGCAGCCGGCAUCGCUCGUCAUUGACCUGGUUAGCAGGCUGCUGCCGGGCCUGUAGGGGACGGAGAGUGGGGACACUGCGGGCUGGCGGUGCCCCCGCGCUGCUGCGCUGCUUCCUCGCCUUUUGCCGCCUGCAGGCUGCAUUUCACUGUUAUUUAUACAUUUGGUCACAUUGAGAUCUCGGGUAAAGACUUUGUCCUGCAUUGGGCUCGGGUGUUUUUCCCUGCCCUCCCCCGCCCCCCCCAGGCAUCCAACGGGAGCAGUGCGCAGAGCUGUGCCCUCCGGGAGCGAGGGGUGAAGCAGGCAGCAGCGCUCGCCUUCCCAAAAUGAUGCCAUCAAAGGGGGACAGGGGACACCAGGACAGGACCAGGAGCAUCCCCAGAUGGAGCUGACCUCCCAGCGCAGCAGACUCAGUCUUCAUGUCCCCUCCCCAUGGCGAGGGGAGGUCUGCGGGGCCCCCCCAUGACAGUAGAGCAGCGUCAGGAAGCAGCUCUGCAAGUCAAAGUGCAUGAAAUCACCGGGCCCGGCCGAAAAGUCCUGCUUCCCUCAAAGACUCAGCAGCACUGACGGGCAGGAACGUCAGCCCAGCAGGGAUUUGCCUGCUGCUGGUAAAUUCUCUUUGCCCUUUUUUUGCAAAGCGAGAGCUUCCAGGCCACCUCAGCACCGCGGCGGGCUGAGAAGUAAAUGUUGACAUUUUCAUGACAGUAAAACAUUGGGGUUUUUGGAAGUGACCUGCCUGAAUUCGGGCCAGAUCCUCGGAUGACGUAAAUUGGCGCAGGGCUGUGGAAGUCGGUGCUGCUGUGAUUUACACCAGCUGAGGCUCCAGCUCCUGCCGCGGCGGUGGAGCAGGGUGGCUCCGAGCCCACCACGUAAUCGUCUCCCCCAGCACUUGCUUCCCCGGUACCUCUUCCCUGUGCUAAUUUCAGAGCGUGUACUAAGCGACCCCGCUCAGGGGUGGUGUCAAUAAACCAGAGGUUCGUUUA